GUGACAGUAGUAGGAGCAGUAGGAGCUAAUAGUUUUGUGUUGCUGCCUGCAGUUAUUUUCCCUUUAUCUUCCCUUACUGUGCAACACAGCUAUUUAAAGGAAUUUAAAGCUAAGAAAGACUGUAUGCACUUUAGUACCUUACUAAAUAGCUAG